GGGGCGGGGCGGGCCAUGGGGCGGGCGGAGGCGCCCGAGUCCCGCUUCCCCGGCGCCCUUCCACCCCGAGCCCGACUCAGCCCGCGGCCACCUGCGCCCCGCCCCUGUCGGCCGCGCCCGAGCCCAGCGCUGCGAGCCGCUCCGCGGCGGGCUGGCUCCUGGCCCCGGAAGCGCGAGCGUUCACUUCGCAGCGAGUGGCUCCGUCUCCGCGGACUGAGCGCGCGCCCCCUGGCCCGGCCCGCGAGGGGCUCCCGGCGCGGUCCCCGAGCAUUUCCCGCCGGGUGGAGCGGGCCAAGCCCGGCAGGAUGACCAGCCCCGCGGCCGCUCAGAGCCGGGAGAUCGACUGUUUGAGCCCGGAAGCGCAGAAGCUGGCGGAGGCCCGGCUCGCUGCAAAACGGGCGGCCCGCGCGGAGGCUCGCGAGAUCCGCAUGAAGGAGCUGGAGCGGCAGCAGAAGGAGGUAGAAGAAAGACCAGAAAAAGAUUUUAGUGAGAAGGGUUCUCGUAACAUGCCGGGCCUGUCUGCAGCCACGCUGGCCUCUCUGGGUGGGACUUCCUCUCGGAGAGGCAGCGGAGACACCUCCAUCUCCAUCGACACCGAGGCGUCCAUCAGGGAAAUCAAGGACUCUCUAGCAGAAGUGGAAGAGAAAUACAAGAAGGCUAUGGUUUCCAAUGCUCAGCUAGACAAUGAAAAGACAAACUUCAUGUACCAGGUUGAUACCCUAAAAGAUAUGUUGCUGGAGCUUGAAGAACAGCUGGCUGAAUCUAGGCGGCAGUACGAAGAGAAAAACAAAGAAUUUGAAAGGGAAAAACACGCCCACAGUGUACUGCAAUUUCAGUUUGCUGAAGUCAAGGAGGCCCUGAAGCAAAGAGAGGAAAUGCUCGAGAAACAUGGAAUAAUCCUAAAUUCAGAAAUAGCUACCAAUGGAGAGACUUCUGACACUCUCAAUAAUGUUGGAUACCAAGGUCCUACCAAGAUGACGAAAGAAGAGUUAAGUGCCCUCAAGUCGACAGGGGAUGGGACCCUAGGAAGAGCCAGUGAAGUGGAGGUGAAAAAUGAAAUCGUGGCGCAUGUGGGGAAAAGAGAAAUCUUGCACAAUACUGAGAAAGAACAACACACAGAGGACACAGUGAAGGACUGUGUGGACAUAGAGGUAUUCCCUGCUGGUGAGAAUACCGAGGACCAGAAAUCCUCUGAAGACACUGCCCCAUUCCUAGGAACCUUAGCAGGUGCUACCUGUGAGGAACAGGUUCAAAGCCAAAUUCUUGAGAGCACUUCUCUCCCUGAAAACACAGUACAGGUUGAGUCAAAUGAGGUCAAGGGUGCACCAGAUGACAGGACCAGAACUUCCCUUGAGCCGUCCAACUGUUGGAGUGACUUAGAUGGUGGGAGCCACACAGAGAAUGUGGGAGAGGCAGCAGUGACUCAGGUCGGAGAGCAGGCAGGCACAGUGGUCUCGUGUUCUUUAGGGCAUAGUGAUGACACAGUUUAUCAUGAUGACAAAUGUAUGGUAGAGGUCCCCCAAGAGUUAGAGACAAGCACAGGGCAUAGUUUAGAGAAAGAAUUCACCAACCAGGAAGGAGCUGAGCCCAAGGAGGUUCCAGCGCAGAGUACAGAAGCAGGUAGGGAUCACAACGAGGAAGAGGGUGAAGAAACAGGAUUAAGGGAUGAGAAACCAAUCAAGACAGAAGUUCCUGGUUCUCCAGCAGGAACUGAGGGCAGUGGUCAGGAAGCGACAGGUCCGAGUACAGUAGACACUCAAAAUGAACCUUUAGAUAUGAAAGAGCCCGAUGAAGAAAAGAAUGACCAACAGGGAGAGGCAUUGGACUCAUCGCAGAAGAAGACAAAGAACAAGAAAAAGAAAAACAAGAAGAAAAAAUCCCCAGUACCCGUAGAAACCCUUAAAGAUGUUAAAAAAGAGUUAACCUAUCAGAACACAGAUUUAAGUGAAAUUAAGGAAGAAGAGCAGGUAAAGUCUACUGACAGAAAGUCAGCAGUGGAAGCCCAAAACGAGGUGACUGAAAAUCCAAAACAGAAAAUUGCAGCAGAAAGCAGUGAAAAUGCUGAUUGUCCGGAGAACCCUAAAAUUAAGUUGGAUGGAAAACUUGACCAAGAAGGCGAUGAGGUACAAACAGCAGCUGAGGAGGUACUAGCCGAUGGAGACACAUUAGAUUUUGAGGAUGACACAGUUCAAUCAUCAGGCCCGAGGGCUGGUGGUGAAGAAUUAGAUGAAGGUGUUGCAAAAGAUAAUGCUAAAAUACAUGGUGCCACUCAAAGCAGUCCUGCAGAACCAGAGAGCGAAGACGCAGAUCGCUGCACCCUGCCCGAACAUGAAAGUCCCUCACAGGACAUUAGUGAUGCCUGUGAAGCAGAAAGUACAGAGAGGUGUGGGAUGUCAGAACAUCCAAGUCAGACCGUCAGGAAAGCUUUAGACAGCAGUAGCCUAGAAAACGAUGACUUGUCGGCACCAGGAGGAGAGCCAGGGGACUUCAAUCCAGAAAGCAGAGAAGACCCCAGAGGAGGGAAUGAGAAGGGCAAAAGCAAAGAAGACUGUACCAUGUCCUAAGCUGAGGCAGGCGGCAGGCGUGGUGCACAGGAAGUCUGAGUGUGAGGGGCUCUUUUCUCUCCACUGCCAAUGUAAGUAGAAUGUUCUAAAUUCAUAGAGAGGCACUGUAUGACAAUCACCAGGUGACCUACUGCUUUAAGUUAUAGACUGUUACUUGUAGAUUUCCAUGUAAUCAUUGAGGUUAUCACCCAGAUUAGAAAGACAUAUUUGUUAUCAGUGUACGUUCUAAUUGAGAGCAUUCCAGUAGUAUCAAACAAUAAUGUCUACUGUUUAUAGUCCACUUAAUAAAAAUAGAAGCAUUUACUAUUUGCCUUAGGCUGAUAGGAAUGUGGGUUUUCUUGACCAAAUAUAUCAGCAUCUAAUUGAAAUGACCAAAUAGCAUUCUUAAACUUCUGUAUUAUGAAUAUAAUUGAAAUUUAAAUUAAUGUCUUGUUCACAUGUGUACUUUCAUAUUUGAUUUUAAAAUGUACAUUAGAACCUGUAUGGUAUUUUAUUUAAAGGAGAUAAACAGCCAAAUAGCAAAUAGGUCACUAAAUGAUUUGCACCGUAGAACAAUAAUCAUUUUAAGGAUAACAAAUAAAUGUCUGAAAGCACGAGGGGCUUUAUUUGCCUUCACCUCAUAUAAGUCUUUGAUCUUGAACCGAUGCUUUUGGAUCUCAUUGUUGACAUACCUGAAUUUACUUUGUAAGAGAUUUUAACUUCACUUCGUGCUGAUGAUGUAUCAAAUUCAUUUUACAGAAAGAUUUAAAGUUUUUUUCUGGAAGUGAUAUAUGUCAAAUUACAUUUCCUACUACAGUAUUUGAGCAGGGACAGUCAUUUUUUAAAUGUUUUUGGCCGGGCGUGGUGGCUCAUGCCUGUAAUCUCAGCACAUUGGGAGGCCAAGGCAGGUGGAUCACCUGAGGUCAGGAGUUCAAGGCCAGCCUGGCCAACAUGGUGAAACCCUGUCUCUAUUAAAAAUACAAAAAAUUGGCUGGGCAUGGUGGUGGGCGCCUGUAAUCCCAGCCACUCCAGAGGCUGAGGCAGGAGAAUCGCUUGAACCUGCGAGGCGGAGAUUGCAGUGAGCCAAGAUCAAGCCAUUGUACUCCAGCCUGGACAACAAGAGCGAAACUCUGUCUUAAAAAAAAAAAAAAAAAAAAAAAAAACCCCACACAAAACAGUUUUCACGCCUGUAAACCUAGCACAUUGGGAAGCCAAGGUGGGAGGAUUGCUUGAGGCCAGGAGUUCAAGGCUGCAGUGAGCUAUGAUUGCACCAUUGUACUCUAGCCUGGGAGACAGAGUGAGACCCUGUCUCUAAAAAAAAAAAAAAAAAAAAAGUUUUUGAACCUUAAAAUACUUUGUUUGAAUUUCUAAUCAUCAUUCAAAAGAGCAGUAAAAAAAAGGUUACUUGUUCUUGUACAAACUACUAAUUAGACAAUAGCAGGAUAUUUUAAAGAGCUGAAUCACUUUUGGUAUUUUGGUAUAAAUAUUUUCAUUUGUUAUGUCCCAGUAUAUUCUUAUUAGAAGAUUCUUGUUUUGAUCUGCCUGAAGAAAAUAUCUGUUUUCUAUAUAAAGAAACAUUUAAAAAUAAUUGUAAAGUUAGAUUUAAUAUUGUAAAAUAUAAAAUCACAAAGCAAUGUACCUUAUGAGUGUUAUUGACAUUUUAUGAAAUUUUGUGGAUUCAUAUUACUGUUACAAGACGGAAUUGAAUGCAAAAAGACCAAAACCUCAAUAAAAUUUGAGGAAAACGUAAGUGUUAUUAUGUAAUUGAAAUAAAAACAUUUUAUAAUUGU